AUGUCUUAUGAUGAGAUUCGAUGGUAUAUGGAUAUUGUGAUGAGCACAAAUCUUGGUAGCUAUUUGCGUCUUGACUAUAACCAUCAAAGUGGACGGUUCAAGAGGUUUUUUGUUACAUUUAAUGCUUCCAUUCAAGGGUUUAGGCAUUGUCGUCCUUUAUUGUUUAUCGAUGGAACUUUUUUGAAAGGGAAAUAUAAGGGCACCUUGUUAACAACUACAGCGAAGGAUGGGGAUCAAGGUUUUUUCCCUCUUGCAAUGGCGAUUGUCGAUACGGAGGCUACAGACAGUUGGGAAUGGUUUUUUAUGCAUUUGUCGAAUAUAUUGUUGGAUGAAAGACCAAUUACCUUCAUAUCUGAUCGGAACGCUGGACUUUUGAAGGCUUUACCCAAGGUUUUACCUACUUCUUACCACUAUUUUUGUCUCCAACACUUGAAGGCCAAUUUGAGGGAUAGGUUCUCUGGUCCAAGUUUCAGCAAUACUUUCAAGAGUAGAAUAGUUUUUUUGUUUUCUUCGUGUGCUUACGCUCUGACAGUGGGAUGUUUUAAUCAGUGCUUCAAAGAAUUACAAGAUAAGGAAAAAUGGAUCGUUUGUGGUUUUCUAUCCAAUUUGCCCUACGACAAGUGGACUAAUGCAUAUUUUCAAGGACAAAAAUACGGUGAAAUGCACUCGAAUGUGGCAAAAUCUUUCAAUUUAUGGAUCCGUCAAGCUCGCCAUUUGCCCACUACAAAGAUGAUUGAUUCAAUUAGGUUGAAGAUCAUGAAUUUGAUGUCGAGAAGGAGAGAACAAGCUAAGAAAUGGAAUACUUUUCUUUGUCUGGAGACAGAUUCAACAUUAGUAAAUGCUCUUAAAAGUUGA